AAACUCUGAUACAGCUUUUGACAUCGCUGACUCGCUCGCAAACAUUUCCCGAAAUACAGAGGACCUUGUUCCAGAAAUGAUCAUCAAAAUAACAGGCAUCUUGGAGAAAAUUGUUGGUCAGGAGAGAGUGGACACAAGGGCUGGUGGGAGAGUGUGUAUGACCAUUGACAAUGUGAUGAAGGUUUGACCCAGAUAUGUUGAUGAAGCCUCAGAUGACCGAUUCUACAUCUACCAGACUUUUGCAGAUUUUGGAAAAAUACACAGAGCGAGCAAUUCUUGGAACUAACGGCAAUCAGCGGCAAACUUACAGGGUACUGGCCCUGGAGAUGUGGAAUGUACAGAACAGCACUGAGGUGAAUGGCAUCAGGUACCUCCAGGUUGAUGAGCCUCCCGCGGGAGCAACUCAGGAGUUUGACUGGUUUUCAAACCAAACAUUCAAAACAAGAAUUGUAUCUGAUGAAGAUGAAGAUGAUGAUGACAACGACAUAAACAAUGUUGAUGUGUCUAUUUCUCUGCCCCCAUCUUUGAUACAGGAUAGACUAAAAGCUUCGCAGGCCAAAGGUGAAAACCUGAGGAUGUCUUUCAUUGUUCAGAGGCUUGACGUAUUAUUCAGUGGACAACCAUCCAGUGAUAAUACUUCUGUGGUAGGAAGUCUCAUUGUGUCAGCUUCUCUGGGCAAUGAAAAGAUAGAGAAUUUAGCAGAGGACCAACAGAUAAGGACAAUCUUUUUUGUUAACCAGACUAAGACGGGUACUCCUCGCUGUGUGUUCUGGGACUUUGCCCUACAUGGUGGUAAAGGUGGGUGGUCAGGUAGAGGCUGCACCUUACUAAACAUCACAGGAAAGGAAGGAUAUUAUGAAUGCAGUUGCAACCACCUCACCAACUUCGCUGUCCUCAUUGACUAUGGUGGGAAGAUAGAUGAAGUGCACAACACUGCCCUGACGGUCAUUACCAUCAUCGGCCUGUCCUUGUCCAUCAUUGGCCUCAGUUUGACUGUCAUCACCUUCCUUCUGUUCAGAAAACUUCGCAAGGGGAAUAACCAGAAGACGCUGUUUAACUUGGCGCUGGCGUUGCUGGCUGCCUGGAUCCUCUUCCUGGUCGGCAUCAUCCUGACACAAGAGAACCUGCACAGCCAGGUGGGCUGCCUUGUCGUCGCUGUUCUCCUCCACUACUUCCUGCUGGCAGGAUUUAUGUGGAUGCUGGUGGAAGCUGUUCUCCAGUACUUGAGAUUUGUCAAGAUUUUGGGCACCUACAUACCAUACUUCAUCAUCAAAGCCUCCUUUAUAGCAUGGGGUGUCCCAUUAAUUCCUGUCAUCGUGGUUCUGUCUAUAAACUACAACCUCUACUACCGAGCCGAAGGGAUGAACAUCACAAAGUUCUGCUGGAUGGAUCAGUAUACGUCAUACUUUGCCUUCUUGUUGCCCAUUGGGCUGAUUAUCUUGGUAAACCUGGUGGUGUUCGCCCUCAUCAUAUGGACCAUCUGUACCCGGCCCAAAGGUUUGCAGACCAACCAGUCCAAGACAAAGUCAGCCAUGGUCAGUCUGCAAGCAGGCAUUGCAUGUUUUGUCUUACUAGGCUUAACAUGGAUCUUUGGCUUUCUAGCCAUUGAGAAUGCCCGCCUUGUCUUCCAGUACAUUUUCACAGUCCUGAAUUCCUUCCAUGGCUUCUUCAUAUUUUUGUUCUUCACCCUGAGGGAGAAGAAGGUCCGGCAGCAGUGGAGGGCAUUGUGUUGCAAGAAGACAGAGCGACAGAGGCCAUACGUCUCCUCUGAGAUGUACUCUAAUUCCAACAAACAUUCCGGAAGUGACGACACAACAUCCAAUUUCACUUCACAGAUGGUCAUCGAUAAUGGUGGAAAGUUCCAGCGAAUUAAUAGCUCUGGCGAAAGUGUAGAAACAAACAAACCAACUCAGGAAUCCAUGUCCUUCAUGAGUAAUCGAUAUAAGCAUUAAUGAGGAUUCACGCUUCAGACCUCCUAGGAGGAACAUUAAUGUGAUACUUUCUAGCAUAUACAAAAUAUGACGUCUUACAAACCUAAGAAGACCUUUAUAUGCUUAAGCCAUUGAAGAUGCUCAUGAACGAUUUCUGCACAUAGAAUGACAUUUGGUUCCUUUGAAAAUUCCAGGAGGAAAUGCUGUUGGGAUGCUAGAAAUGCCUUGUUGAUACUACUUUAUACUGUGUGCACUGCCUAAAUGUUGGAAAUUUACCAAAGCAUAAAUUCAUGUUUUCACACUGACUGUAUCAGAACCUAGCUUAAAAUGUUGAUACGCCUUCUCUUUGAAGCUGGACCAGCAUGUUGCGUUUACCAGAAUGAAAGUAAAAUUGUUGGUAUGACAUUUGCCUGAAGAUGGAAGCAUGACUGCUUCUGCUAGUGUGCUGUGAUGAAAAGGUCUUAUGUGAAAAGUCACGUAUCCAGAAACAUUUGGUUGUACUGGCAAUUUUUCAUGAUAGAUGAAACUUGAAUGUUAUAGUGAUGAGACGGGAUACAGCCGACAUGCAAUCUCAUCUCGCACAAUAGAGAUUACAUCUAAUCAAGAGGGGCAAUCCGAUGACUGCCGUAAAUACGGAGGAGCUGAGGUAGUUCUAUAUGUGUACAGAUGUACCACAUGUAGAUAGACCACCUCCACAAAAGUGGAUGUUUUUUUUAUCCAUUAUUUAUAGUUAAAGAAAAAAAAAAUUAAGUAUAGCAGAUCAGAUAUCCAGCAAAAAACUUGGCACAAAAACAUUUUCAUUUCUCUUUUAGGGAUUUUGUAAGACAGAUGAAUACAUUCACCUGUGUGAAAUCUAUGGUGGGGUUUAUGAGCCAUACAGCAGGUGUUUUAUGGGUGUGUUUGGGCAACGUUUUUGGAGUUUUGGAUGACGUAGAUAGCACUCUUAUUCCAACACGCUGCAUAUGUACUGCUACUCACGAGAAAUGACCACUCUAAACACAGCUUUUAAUGUUGGAUUAGCUCUUAUCACCCAAAAGUAAAAGGCAACAAAUAAUGAUGUAAAGAAAUUUGCCUACAGGUAAAUACAAAGCAAGAGUCAUUUGGCAUGUGAGUUUGGCUUUCCCACCUUACAAUUCCAACAUUUGACUUCAUCUUAUUCUGUCAAAAAAGCAUGGAAAAAAAAAAAAACAACUUUUGGAGAGUUUUCAAUAAUUUUACAGUGUAAUCUCCUUAAGAGAUUACCUCAGCCGACUCGGUCUGCAUGGCGUUGGGAAUUUAGGUCAAGUAAGUACUAAUGAAACCAUUUACAUUCAUGAACUUUGGGGAACUGCUUUAUCUAUGCUUAAGUCUAAGAAUCCUGAUACUAUAGCCAUUGUCAGAUAAUAUUUUACUGAGUUUAAUAUACCACUUUAUUUUCUUCAUCAUGCUCACAUGCAUGAUCACUGUGUAUUCUUGUGCAACAGCACCUGCAGUUGUUACCAGGAAGUAUGGAAGUGUGUAUGUGUCAUACCAGGCCUAUGGGUGUCCACAUAGGGUUAUAACAAGGCAGGCAAAGAAUUGUAGUUAAUAAGCACAGUUUAACUUAACCCAGAGUUUGAUGAUAAAAAUAUUUUCAGUUGGUUAUCAUCAGUAAAAGGGAGUAUUCUUGUACCGGUCCAGUGACCAUGUAUAUACACAGGCAUCUACCUCAUGUAUUCUGGUUAAAAUUGGUGCUAUAACAGAAAACACGGUCACACUGACACUGGUACCUGCCAAGUUGCCAUGAUGUUCACAAGGAUAACGAACAAAGUGUCAAAGGUCAUCACUGACAAGCUAGAAAUCACCCUGCUCUGCAACACCUGCAAUAGGAUCUCAUUUCUUCACAGAUGUUAAUUUAUUUCAAAAAAUGAUUGUUACUUGACUUAUAUUGAGACUCAAUGCUUAAAGCACAAGGCUAUUCAAAAAAUUCUACUCUGGUGACUUGGUUUUAUUAAAGUUAUAGUUUUAGUUAUAGGUAUUUUAAAUUCAUUAUGUGUGAAGCAAAGGGUAAUCUAGCUCAUAAACUUGGUCAAACAACUAAAUGAGAUGAAAUGUUUUGUUAUGUUCUAAUCACAACACUGUGAACAAGCUUACUAUAUAUCUUGUGAGUUUUAACAUAUUUUUAUCAUAUUGCUCAACAAUGUUGUAUUUUACAUGUUUUUCCUUACCCUUUGUUAGUAUUGCUAACUUGGGCUCAUUCCAUACAUUAUGUUUUUACAUCAGUCUUUUUUUUUCUGUUCAAUGUAUUUAUCCUAAUUCCUCAACCUUUUGGCAUAUGAAAGAGUAACUUUCAGUGCAAUUUUAUGCACAUAUUUAAUUUGAGUUUGGAGACAAAACUAUAUUGGUUGGAUUGGCCAGCUUCACCACUUCCCAAUAAGUACUGUUUUAUCAGCCAACGCAGAAUAAUGCCUUUAGAAUAUGCUUGAAUAAACACAUUGACCACAUCUGAAAAGGUUGAAGAAUUACAGUAGACAAGUUUUAUUGUUUAUAGGGGUAUUUAUAAAAUGUAAUACAUUGUAAUUUUCUUAUACACAACUUUAAAAGCUAUAUUAAAGUUUAUAUAUACAUUGUAUUUUUUUGUACCAUAAAGUUAGUUUUAAGGUGUAAGGAGAGAACCCACACUGUAAGGAUUUUUAACAUGUUUAUCUCAGUUCCUAAGUCCAAACAUAGUAAAGAAACAUCUUUCAUGAUUUAAGCAGAGCAUUGCCUUUCAUUAUUCUCUCAAUUUUAGACAAAAUCUUCCAUAUUUAGAAAGCUAUGACCGCCUGUCAAAUUUUUGAUUUUUAUUUUAAAUUGUGCCAGCAAUUUUGCACUUGUUUAUCUCAUUUUUUCAGUUAGUAAAAAUUAUAGGUACUACAUAAAAAUCUGUUUUCUAAUUAACUAGAAACACUUCUGCUUCAUUGCUCUUCUGCUGAGUAUAUAAGCCUCCGUUGUACACCUGAAAUCCAUGCUUUCUGCGGAUCUGAAUGUAGUACAUUUAGUGAUGUACACUUGUACAUUUCAUCUGCAGCUAAAUUACUUUUAUCUCCAUCUAAGUUUUUAGUAAGUGAUAUUUUUGGUGGAGUAAUGUGUACAUGACAUACUUAACUGAUGAAGUUCUUAUUUUCUUCUGAGAUUUUAGAAAUGUGGCCAAAGGGUAUGUUUAUUAUGAAUUGUGAGAUUUUUGUUCAUGCAUGUUUCAUAUACAUGUGUAGCUAUUGGGGUAAAUUGAUGUUUAAGUUUAGCUAUCAUCUUAGAUUGGCUAUGUGCAAGUGUGACGCUGGACAAACUUUUUACAGGUGGACAAACAUGUUACAGCUGGACACAACUGUUAUAGCUUGACCAAGUUGUGACAGAUGGACAUGCUUGUUACAACUGGACAAAGUUGUUACAGAUGGACAUGCUUGUUACAACUGGACAAAUUGUUACACAUGGACACAGUUGUUACAUAUGGAUACAGUUAUUACAGAUGGGCAAAGUUGUUACAGAAUGCAUAAUCAAGGAAUAGUGUCCAUAUUUGAAAUUGUCCAUCAGUCACAAAAUAAAAUAAACAAGUACAGAAAAAUAUGUCUGCAUUUAGUUACAUUAAACAACUUGGCCAAAAAGUCAAGUAUCCUGUUGUAGUAAGUGAAGUUAACAAAGCAUCUGACACAACUGGUUUUCUCAGUGCAUGAUAUCUAGAAGUGUAGAUAAAAUAUGCUGCCCGAUUUUCAGGCAAAUCCUGAAAUAUACUGUUUGUUAAUUUACAUAUUAUGGUAGUGUUGGAAAAUUCAAGAUAUUUUCUGAUGAGUUGUGUUAAAAAAACAUUAUUAUAUAUGAAACUCAUUACACUAUUGUAUGUACAUGUAUGCACAAAUGCCACUGGGACCCUCCAAAUAAAAUAUCAUCCGUGAGAGGCUUUUACUAUAUGUACUAUGUAUAUAAUGCUGGGUAACUCUAAAAACAUGAGAUAUCAUUCACAUUCUUAAUACUUGUAGUACUUUAUACAGGUUGUAAUCCAUGGUCACUACACCAUUUUGUAGAU